AUGAGCAAUGAUCUAUAAAAUUCAUAUGAAAAUCUUAAGAAAAUAAUGAAGAAAGCUGAUUAUAAAGAAUAAUUUUCAUUUGAAUAUGUAAAUAAUAAUAAUCCAACCUUUUUUUUGAGAAUACUUCACUAUAUAUUAAACGAAUAUAAUUCAAGCUUUUAUAAAUGUACUAAUUAGUUAAGAUUGUUUGUUAGCCUUAGUAGAUAAAGGAUAUGAGCGAUAUUCCAAAAAUGAAUUAAGAUUUAUAGAAUAAGUAUUCAAAAUGCUUCAAUUAGAAUUCAACUAUAAAUCAUAAAUAAAUAUUGCUUAAUUUUUAUCAGAGCAAUAUUUAGAGCAUAAAUUAAUUUUAAUUAAUGAUAUUUUUAAUGAAGUAUUUUAGAGAACAAAAAAGGAAAAAAAAGUGAAUUAAUUAAAAGGAUAAGAAAAUAUUUCAAAUAUAUAAAACACAUAAAAAUUAUAAGAGUCAAACAAUAAAUAGAAAACUUAAGUAUUUGUAAAAAGAGAGAAUUUCUAAACUGAAGAUGAUGAAGAAGAUAUAGAAUAAUUAAAAAGACCUGAACCUUAUAAAAUAAAUUUAUAAAAUGAAUUAGUUCCAAGAAUGACAUCUUGCAAUUAAGAAUAAUUUUAAUAAUAAUUAGAAUAAUAAUGCAAUUAUACUUAAAAAUAUGAAUAAUAGCCAUUUCCUCCUUAAUCUGAUGAGAAGAAUGAUUAUUAAAAUGAAAUUUAAGUUUAAUAGGCAUUCAAAUAAAAAAUUAAUUAAGUUUAAGUUUAAUAAAAUCUUACAACUUAAUCAAAUAAUUAAAUUCAAUAAAACAAUGUGACUCAUCAAGAUCUUUAAAAAUUGAUGUAAGUAAUUAUGCUAAGUAAUGAUAAUAUUAAGUCGAUUAUGUAAAAAUUUUCAGAAUUAUAGACAACAGUUAACAUAGCUUUAGCAAACUUUGAUCAGAGAUUGACAAGAUUGGAAUUAAAAAUUCGUGAUUAAUGA